AUGAGUCUCGAUUUCUCUUCGGUCCCAGUGCUCAACUUUCAGGAUGCGUUGUCGUCCGAGACUAAACCCAAGUUUCUAUCUGAACUUCGACAUGCCCUUGUCGAUAUUGGAUUCUUCUACUUGAGUGAUCCCUCGGUGACCGAAGACACCAGAAGUCAAUUCGUGCGAAAAGCCUCAGAGUUUUUCAAUUUGCCUUCCACCGUCAAAAGCGAGGUUGGCAUUAUAAACUGCAACAACUUUAAAGGGUACGCUGGUCCUCGUCGAGAGAAAACAGCCGCAAAGGAAGAUGAGAGGGAGACGUUUACUUGGCCCAGAGAAGACGUUCUACCAAAUUUCCGACCCUGCAUCGAAAGCUACCUGGAACAAGUUCAAAGCGUCUCCGAGAUCCUCACGGUCUUGGUCGCAGAAGCCCUCGACCUUGCACCGACCGUCUUCAACGCUUUCUUUACAAGACCCAGCCUGAACAGUCUGCGGAUCUCUGCCUAUCCGUCUCCGCAUGGUCUCGAUCCGACGCGCACCGAAUUUCAAGGUGUCGGUCCACACAAAGAUAGCUCUUUCCUGACCUACUUGCUUCAAGGGACCGAACACACGAGUCUCGAAGUUCAAACCAAGUCUGGCGCAUGGAUCCCUGUCCCACCACUCGCUAAUACGCUGGUCAUCAAUAUUGGCCGAAUGCUCGAGUCCCUUACUCGCGGAGUCUGUGUUGCCACGACCCACCGAGUCAAUUUGACCAGAGAACAAUUCAUCAGGGCCAACCACGGCGGCCAUCUCGGCAAGAGAAUCAGCGCUGCCUUCUUCCAACGCUUCAGUUCCAACGUCACUCAGAUGCAAUUGACGCUGGAUAUCCCAGAGCACGUGCUGGCUCUUCGGAAGGACGGUGAAUCGGACGCGGAGACGUUUCUCCAAGCAAUCUUCGAGACGAGUUACCAGAGUGCCGUUUUGUUCAAUGCGAUUACCACCUACCCCGAAGUCGGCAGACAGUGGUAUCCCGAUGAGCUGGCUCAUGCUUUGAGAAAACAAGCCGGGGAUCAAGUUCUUGGCGGUGCGAAAUUGCAGAUUCCAGCGUCAAUCUAG